UAAUCUUCGCAAUCGUUUUAACAAAUAACGAAAUUUUAAGUAGAUUUUAUUUUAAUAAAAUUUUAAUUUAAUGGUCAAGAUAUUAAUUACAAAUUUUAUUAAAAUAUGAGCUACAAAUCUAAGUUAAGAGAUAAAACAAGAACAUUCAAUAUCAAAAAAAAUUUGAAAGAAAUUCUAUUUUCAAUUUUAAACUUAAAUAUUACAUGUAAUUUUAUUGUCUUAUAUUAACUUGACUAUUAACAUAGCCAAUGUCACAUAUAUCUUAUUAUCUAUCAAUUAUGUCAAUAAUUGUAAUAAUUGUAAUGCUUAUCUUCACGUGUAAAAUAUAUUUUCGCGGUCAUUCUCGCACAUUAUUCCAGUGUCCUUCUUUUCUUUGGCAUGCUCUUCCACUUCUCCACCUUUCACCGCUUUUAUGUAUAAGGAUCACUGUCUUCCGCAUUCAUGCAUUCUCUUUCUUUUUUCCUUUUCCUAAUUUUAUUAAUCCGCGGUCGACAGAUAAUGAAAUAAAGCUAUAUUUUUUGCUUCUAUUAACUUAUUUUUUUCCUUGCUUCUAUCAUCAUUAUCAGCUACUUAUAGCGUUAUUGAAAGCAACGAAAAUCGAGGUGGGGAUCGAAAGACACAUUUGUCGGACGGUGAUCUUAGUGGGUACUCACCACAGUGGACGAUCAGUUUUUGGUAGGACGCGUCUCUCUUCUCAUCGCGAGUGAGACGCUCGCGAAGAAAAUCGUAUAUCGAGGUUUCCCUGUUUCUGUUUUUAUUUUAACGUAUCGAUCUCCAAGGACAGGCUACGGAAAAGUUUCCGCAUUUUAAAAUUAAAAAUAAUCACAAGAUAAUCGCAAGAGUUCAUCGUUCGUUAAAGAAAGAAUAGCUUACAUUUGAUCAAUACGACAUCGACAUGGCUAAUCUUAUACGACUCGUAGUCAAUAAUUAUAAUGACGUUUUAAAGAAUGUUAAAGAUCCAUUAGUAGACACCUGGCCAUUAAUGGGGUCUCCAGGUCCUCUGAUAUGUAUUGUCAGUGCAUAUUUGAUAUUCGUGUUGAAGGCUGGACCAAAAAUGAUGGAAAAAAGAUCAGCCUUUCAGCUGAAUACCGUUAUGAUCGUAUAUAACGCGUUUCAAGUGCUCUUCAGUAUAUGGUUGACAUCUCUGACAGUGAAUGUCAACAUUAAACAUUUAAUAUUAAACAUUUUCUCUUCUCAUGGAUGCGGUUCUCAUUUUCUGCCUGAUGCAGAAACCAAACAUGUACAAGCAGCGUUAUUACGAGGCGCAUGGUGGUAUUUCUUCGCAAAAAUCAUCGAACUCCUGGACACGGUAUUCUUCGUUUUAAGAAAGAAGCAAAACCAGGUGACUUUUCUUCAUGUUUAUCACCACACCAUAACAGCCAUUUUUUCAUGGUGUUACUUAAAAUUAUUACCUGGCGAACAAGGUGUCAUCGUAGCUUUCUUGAAUUCCAUAGUCCACGUUAUUAUGUACAGUUAUUAUUUCAUCGCGUCACUUGGCUCCAAGUACAGAAAAUACCUCUGGUGGAAAAAAUAUAUGACUUGCAUUCAACUGAUACAAUUUGGAAUAAUGUUAUUCUAUCUAAUACUAACAUUGGCCAUGGAUUGCCGAAUGCCGAAGGCUUUGACCUACUUCUUCGUAACGAACGUGAUAAUCUUCAUUUACUUGUUCAGUGAUUUUUAUCGAAAAACGUAUAAGACGAAGACGGCCUAAUAAUAAAAAUUGAUCUUGCAAAUAGUCGAUGAAAAAAUAUGGACUUACCUUCGCGCGAAUUUAUUUAUAUCUAAAAUUUUAAAUAAUAAGCGCAUAUUUUGGUGAAAUGUUAAGGUAUAUUCUGAUAAAAUGUGCAGCUUACAGUGCAGCAAUCUUUUAUAAUUGUAUCAUCCACUUCUACAAUGUAAAAUGACAUCUGUAUAUAGAUAUACAAUAGAUAUACAUACAAUAUAUAAGAUUAACGAUAUACAAAAGAUGAGCCACGCAAUUGGGACGGGUUCUAACACUUGUUUCACUGAAGAUAGAAAGAAAUGGUACAGGCAAAAGUUGAAAAAUAAUAGUCUUUUUGUUUAUUGAACUUAUUUUUUUAUAAAUGCAACAAUGCACCAAAAAAGUGUAAUUGCACUUUUUCUUUAGUGGAAAUAUAUAUUUUCUUUUUGCAUAAAUAGAUUUUUUGAACAUUUUGUGUAUAAAAUUAUUAGAAUAAAGUGCUCGAAAAAGAAAUAUUUGAAAUUUCUGAAUGAGGCAUAUGCCUUAUUUAAAAAGAUUUAUUUAUUAUUAGAUUUAUUAGAUUUAUUAUAUUUCAAAUCUUUCACUAUUACAUAACAAACAUUUUGUGAUCCGUUUUUUUCCUGUUCUUUGUUAUAGCAUUAAGAUAUUAUCACAAUUUACGUUACUCUAAAUUUUUUCUUAUGUUGUAUUUUCAACGGAACAGGGCUAGAACCCGUCUCAAUUGUGUGGCCCACACUAUAUAGUUUAUAGAACAUGUAUACGUUUAAGCUUUUUCAUCUGUAUGUACAUGUACUACAAAUAUUUUUACAAGAAAACUGUCACAUCACAUAAACAUCAUUAUUAAUCUCAUAACCAAUUGCCAUUUUCAUAAUCUCUUGUCGUAUUAAUUAUAUAUAAGUGUAUUAUUUUAAUAUAUAUUUGUCUUUCAAAGCACAUGGUAACAUUUUCGUUACUUCUAUUUAUAUAUAAAAAAACAAAAAUAUUAAAAUAUGAAAGCAAUUGCUUGUGAUCUUUUAAUUUCUAGUGUGCAAUUACCAAUACGUAUGUAUAAAUAGUAUUAUGUUAAACAUUUCUCUGUGUGCUGAAUUAAAUCGUGUUCUGUAACUUUUCUCUACCCAAGUAGCAAGUGCACAUCAUUUGACGUUAAAAUAACAUCAUUCGUCAUCCAAAUGAUAUCAAUUGUCAAAAUGAUGUGUUUGCGCUUGUUACCUAGGUAUAUAUAUAUUGUAAUUAUAUAAAUCAAUUAAAUAUAGAUGC